AUGGGCUGGCCUUGGAGGUUUGUGGACCUCGACGAGGAGGCCAGGGCCCUCAGGCGUGAGACCUUGGAUCGGUAUGCUGCAUACUCGCAGCUGUCAGCUCUGAUUCCCGUGCUGGGCUUCGUCGGCUUCCAGCUCGCCCGAUGGGCUUAUCUUCAAAUUUGCGCAAAAUCCGGUCGCGGCCCCGCUUACUCUAGCCUGCCGACGGCCCCAGGCUCACCAUCGCUGAAAUCCCGCCGGCGGAGUCCCGCAGGGGCGCUCGAGGUUCGACUCGGCGCGCUGAAAUGGUGGCUGGGCGAUGAGGUCUUCAUCCUAGGCAAGUAUCGCGGCGAGCGCGACGUCUGGGUCUUUGGUGGGCUGUGGACGGCUUGGCUGCUGCUGCUCUGCGUGCUCGGUACCGAUGGCGACUACCUGCACCUCACGAAGCGGUUCGGCGUUGUCGCCGCUGCCCAGUUCCCCAUCCAGUAUCUCUUGGCUCUCAAGUUCCUUAACCCAUUCGCCUUUGCGUUUCGCGUCUCUCACGAGCAAAUCAACCGAUGGCAUAGGCUCCAGGGCCGCGUGGUAUACAUUUUACUGCUUCUGCACGUCAUCUGCUACGUCAACUUUUUCAUCCAGGCUGGCAUCCUAAUGCGCAGGCUCUUUGCGCCCAUCGUCUUUGCCGGGGUCGUUUCGUGGAUCGGCAUCAACCUCAUGACCGCGACGGCCAUAGAUUUGGUUCGAAACUUUUCUUACCGCCUAUUCUUCGUUGUGCACCUGCUCGUCUCCUUUACGCUACCGCCGCUGCUCUUUUACCACGCCAAACCAGCACGGGUGUCAAUGGUAGCCGCGCUGGCUUUUAUCGUACUGGACAUUGCCGUCCGUAAAAUCAAGACUAUUAAUACCGAGGCAGCAUUCGAGAAAAUCCCAGGAACAAACCUCAUCAAAGUCUCGGCGCCUAUACCGCAACGGAGCCGCGCAGAUGAGUUUAACAGCCACCCCGGCUCUCAUGUCUACAUAUCCAUCCCGUCAGCCGCCCGGCCAGAAGCCAGCCCGACGUCCUCAUGGAUCUAUGAUUUCUGCUUCAAUCCCUUCACAGUCGCCGACGUUGACGAGACCACUGGCGAUUUGACAAUUGUCGCACGGCACAGAGGCGGUCCCAUGACGGCGGCGCUGGCACGUUUCGCCAAGAGCACCCAAAGCCUGCCGCCGACCCCCACCAUGCCGAACCUGGACGCCACCAGCAGGAGCGCCGACCGCAAAAUCCCCCUGAGCAUAGAGGGCCCCUAUGGCGCGGCGAAGCAUUUCCCCAACCUGGCCGGCCCGAGCUUUGACCGCGUGCUCAUGGUAACGGGCGGCGUGGGCGCCACUUUCCUCAUCCCGCUUUACCGCGCCAUGCUGCACGACGACCCGAACGCCAAGGUCGAGUUGAUCUGGGCGGUGCGUAGCCCCGACGAGGCCUCGUGGGCCGUGAAAGAGGGCGCCUCCGCCCACAGCGACAAUAUCUUGACCGACGACAGGGUACACCUCUUCAUGACGGGGGAUGUCGUAGCCGACGAUCCGGGACCGACUCCGGCCGGGGGAUCAACCCUGGCACCGUCAGGCAGCAGCAGCGACGAUGGGGCGGCGUCGGGGCCCGGCGUGGAGCUGAACGCGCUCUACAGGGAUAGGACCCGCGGCAGGUUCUCGGCGAUGAACAACCGGCGAAGACCCGACCUGCGCAAGAUCGUGGACGACAUCUUCAAGCACGGCAGCCAGGAGAGGGUGGCCGUGUUGGUGUGCGGGCCCGAGGAGAUGGCGAGGGAGCUGAGGCGCUAUGUGGGCGCCUGGGUGCAGCGGGGGAGGUCCGUCUGGUGGCAUAACGAAGGCUUUGGGUGCAUGUCACAAACCACCCGGGACCGAAUCCUCGUCCUCGGCGCCGGCGAACUGGGCGACGCCAUCCUGGACGCGCUCACCAGCUCCCCGCUCUACUCGCCCUCGCGGCACCCCACCUCCCUCCUCGUCCGCACAGAAACCCUCACCAGCACCGACGCAACCAAGCAGGCCCGGGUCAGGGUGUACGAGGCUAAAGGAAUCAGCCUGGUGGGGGGCGACCUGGCCGGCACCACCGAGGCGGACCUGGCGGGCAUUUUCUCGGGCUACACGACAGUCAUCCACGCGAACGGCAUGACGGCGCCGCCGGGCACGCAGCUUAAGAUCUGCCGGGCGGCGCUGGCGGCGCGGGUGGCGCGCUUCGUGCCCUGGCAAUUUGGCGUCGACUACGACGUCCUGGGACCGCUGGCGGGCGGUGGCCUGUUCGCCGAGGCGUGCGAGGUCAGGAGCGUGCUCAGGGCGCAAGACGCGUUGCGCUGGACCGUCGUCAGCUGCGGCAUCUUCACCAGCUUCCUGUUCGAGGAGAGCUGGGGCGUCGUGGUGCCCUGUGGGGAAGGGGUCAAGGUCACGGCGCUGGGGAGCUGGGAGGAUGGCAUCACGGCCACGACGGCGGAGGACAUUGCGCGCGUCACGGCCAGGCUGGUGCUGGAUCCCGAGGAGGAUGGGGCGUGGAGUGGUGGGGGUGGGGGCGACGGGCCGCCGGUCUACAUCGCGGGGGACACAUUGACGUAUGCAGACCUGGCCGACGUGGUGGAGAGGGUGACGGGGAAGGAGGUGGUGAGGGAGUGUAUGGGCCGGGAUGAUCUGAGGAAGAAGCUUGAGCAGGACCCCGACAACAAGCUUUACAAAUACCGUGUUGUGUUUGGUGGAGGGUCUGGGGUGAGCUGGCCUAAAGAGGGGACGUGGAAUGAUUCCCGGGGGUUGGAGAUGGAGACCAUCCAAGAUUGGUUGCGGAGAAGCAAGCAAUGA